GUUUAAUCCUGUCUCAUCGUCUUCAUCUUUAGUCAGUUUUUUUUUUACUCAAUUCUAUUCUUCUAGGUUAUGCCUAAAUACGGUCCAGCCUUUGGAAUGGCUACCAACUCAUCAUCCUCUACUUCUGAUAUCAUCAUCUCAUCAUCUUCAUCCUCUCAUCAGAUGGAAACCUCUCAUCUGCCAAUCACAGCCCAUAAACUGAAUGGGCAAAAUUAUUUGCAGUGGUCUCAAUCCAUAUUAAUGUUUAUACGGGGAAAGGAGAAAGAUGACUACAUCACUGGAGCUUCGGCGGCACCAGAAACCACAGCAUCAACCUACAAGAAGUGGAUAGCAGAAAAUAAUAUGGUCAUGUCCUGGCUAGUCAACUCUAUGACCCCUGACAUUGGUGAAAAUUUUCUGUCAUUUGAUACUGCCAAAGAAAUCUGGGACAUUGCAAAAGAAACUUUCUCAGACAAGGAAAACACAUCUGAAAUCAUCCAGAUUGAAGGCAUCCUCCACGAUUUGCGUCAAGGAAACCUUACGGUAACUGAAUAUUUCAAUACUCUUACUCGUCUAUGGCGUCAACUUGAUACGUUUGAGGUUCAUAACUGGAAUUGUGUUACAGAUGGUUUGUUGUAUAAAAAGAUUGUCGAAGGGAAACGUGUGUUUAAAUUUUUGUUAGGUUUGAACAAAAAUCUUGAUGAAAUCAGAGGAAGAAUCAUGGGAGUAAAACCUCUACCUAGCCUCAGAGAGGCAUUCUCUGAAGUGCGUCGCGAAGAAAGUCGGAAAAAUCUCAUGAUGGGAUCCCAUCAACAACUGAAUAUGGCAGAAAGCUCGGCUCUUAAGACUCAAUUCGCUCCUUUUGACAACCGUCAAAAAAUUAAAGGAGGUAGACCUUGGUGUGAUCAUUGCAAAAAGCCGGGACACUCAAGAGAAACUUGCUGGAAGAUUCAUGGAAAGCCAGUAGAUUGGAAGCCACGUCAACCACUUGAGAAAGAAGGACGAGGCAAUCAUGUGGCUACCGAUGAACAAUCGCCACAACCUGAAGCUAGCCCUUUUAAUAAGGAGCAAAUGGAGAUGCUUCAGAAACUACUGUCUCCUCUCUUGUCAGUACAGUCACAAACUGGCUCAUCUUCCAACCAGCUCAUUGGUUCCGGAACCUUGGCUCACAAAGGAUUUGGAUUCGGGGAAGACGAUUGGCAAUGCUGAGGAAUGCUCUGGACUCUACAUCCUUAAGGAGCUCCAUGAUCCACAAGAACAACCUCAAAUGGCAGUUGGUAGUAAUUCUUUUUCGGUUUCAUGUCAAAAUAACGAUAGUGCAAUUAUGUUGUGGCACUAUCGCUUAGGUCAUCCAAAUGUUAUGUAUCUCAAGCAUUUAUUUCCUUCAUUAUUUCAUAAAAAUCCAAAAUCCUUUGAGUGCGAAAUCUGUCAAUUAUCAAAGCAAGUCCGGUCUCAUUUUCCCAUUCAACCCUAUAAAGAGUCUAGUCCAUUCUCAAUGAUUCAUAGCGAUAUCUGGGGUCCGUCAAGAAUAAAAGAUGUAACUGGUACUAGGUGGUUUGUCUCAUUCAUAGAUGAUCACACUAGAUUAACUUGGGUAUUCCUCAUGAAAGAAAAAUCUGAAACGAGUCAAAUUUUCAAAAAUUUUAAAAAUAUGAUUCAGACCCAAUUCCAGUCAAAAAUACAAAUUCUAAAGUCUGAUAAUGCUAGGGAUUAUUUCAACUCCAUUCUAGGAGAAUUUCUAGCACAAGAAGGGAUAGUUCACUUAAGUUCAUGUGUUGAUACCCCACAACAAAACGGAAUCGCUGAAAGGAAAAAUAGGCAUUUGUUAGAGGUGGCUAGAUCACUAAUGUUCUCCAUGAAUGUUCCAAAAUUAUUCUGGGGGCAAGCUGUCCUUACGACAGCCUACCUCAUCAAUAGGAUGCCGUCUAGGGUACUAAAAUUCCAAACACCUUGUCAAACACUCCUAAAAUCCUUUCCGACUACUCGUCUCAUCUCUACCGUCCCACCCAAAAUUUUCGGGUGCUCUGUUUUUGUUCAUAUCAAUCAACAACAUCGAAGUAAACUUGAUCCUAGGUCACUCAAGUGCAUCUUUCUUGGGUAUUCUUCAAAUCAAAAAGGGUAUAAGUGUUACUCUCCGGUCACAAGAAAAUUCUACAAUUCAAUGGAUGUCACAUUUUUUGAAACCCAGCCUUACUAUCCCAAAAACGAUAUUCAGGGGGAGAAUUCAACUCAGGAAUAUCAAUUUUGGGAUCUUGAGUCAUUCAGUGAGUCACCCAUCAUCACUGAAAAUCACAUUCCUCCAGAGUCAUUUAAUCAGCCCGAGUCCAUUGUUGACUUGUGGGAUAAGGAGCACAUCCAAGAGGAAACGGAGGAAGGAGCACUUUCUCAACAAACCCAUGAGGCUGAACCGGGUCCUAAUCCAAGCAAACUUCCAGGUAACAACGCUCCUGAUGGUACUGUUGAUUCCGAGUUAGAAAAUGAUAUUCUUAAUAUGCCCAUAGCUUGGAGGAAAGGAAUUCGAUCAUGCACUCAGCAUCCCAUUGGAAAUUUUAUUUCUUAUGAUAAGCUAUCACCUACGUUUCGUGCAUUCACUUCUAGCAUC